AUGAUCAUUGAAACAAAGAUUUAUUCAUUUGAUGCUGAAGUGACUCUAACACAAAUAUUUCGUAAUGAAAAAAACAUAUCAGUCGAAACAUUUUAUUGCUUUCCUACUAAAAUAACAUCAGGUAUUAUCGACUCAUUUUUGGCUCGUAUUGAUGAUCGAAAUAUAGUUCAUAUAAAGGAUGUUGUAACCAAUGACAACGAUGGAUUGCAUCUUGAUGAUAGUUUUUGUUCAUUUGAACACUACGAAAAAUUAAAAGAAAAUUUUAUUUUCACAAUUGGCAGUUUAUCUUCAUCACAAGAAUGUACAAUUUACAUCACUUAUCACAAUAAACUUAAGUGUUUAUCAAGUUCAAACAUCCAACUCAUCAUUCCAAUGAUUAUAGCACCUUAA